AAUCAGAACGGCCGUUACAGACGGGGCUCGCACACCGUUUGUAAGGCGCCAUCGUGGAGGCUGCUCGCCCAGCCGGCUCUCCGCGGCGGACGCCGGGCUGGAAACCGAGGCCCUCGAAGCCGGGAAGGGCUUUCCUUGAGGCCUCCCUGGAACAACGGCGCUGCGGUUCUGUGUCAGGAAUCCCUUGAAUUGUGACGCCUUUGGGCCCAGCAUUGUGCGUUCUCACUGGAAUCCCAGAAGGAAUAAUGGCGCCAUCGGAUUCCAUUCUUCCUCAUCCAGCCAUCACUUGCGGAGCCACAGAAAACAGAGGCCUAAAGGACUGUCUUCUGCUCAGUCCUCCUUGAUGGAUGGCCGGCCGAACUGGCGCAUGCUGUUCCCUUGGACAUCUGGAAUGGAGGCCGGGUCUCCAUGAAGGAUGGAAUCUAGUUCCCUAAGGAGCAAAGUUCCAGCUUUCCUGUCGGACUUGGGGAAAGCCACUCUGAGGGGCAUCAGGAAAUGCCCCCGAUGUGGCACCUACAACGGGACGCGUGGGCUGAGCUGCAAGAACAAGACCUGUGGCACCGUCUUCCGCUAUGGCACUCGGAAGCAGACCAGCAUUGAUGCUGUCAAAAUCAUCACCGGUUCAGACCUGCAAGUCUACUCAGUGCGGCAGAGGGACCGGGGCCCAGACGGACGGUGCUUUGUAGAGUUGGGGGUUUCGGAGACCACUAUCCAGACUGUUGAUGGGACCAUCCUGACACAGCUGAGCUCUGGACGCUGCUAUGUGCCGUCGUGCCUGAAGGCGACUGCCCAAGGCGUUGGGGAGAACCAGUGCCAGCACAUUAAGCUGGCAGCGAACUGCCAGGCAGAGGCCACCCCCUUAACCCUGAAAAGCUCCAUCUUGAACUCGAUGCAGGCCCCUCCUGAAACCAAACAAACCAUCUGGCAGCUGGCCACUGAACCCACAGGCCCACUGGUCCAAAGGAUCACCAAGAACAUCAUGGUGGUCAAGUGCAAAGCCAGCCAGAAGCACAGCCUGGGCUACCUCCAUGCCUCCUUCGCCCACAAGGCCAACCACAGGAAUGUGAUGGAGCCACGCUUUUUCUGCUCCUGCCAGUCCUUGAAAUCCAGCAAGGCCGCUCCUUCCAAGGAGGAGACGGGCCAGAAGUGCCUCCACUUCUUUGCCUGCAUCUGUGCCUUCACCAGCGAUGAUGCUUUGGCUCAGGAGUUUGCAGAUUUCCUUACCUGUUAUUCUGAUGAUCUGAAGCCAGCAAUAGGAGCUCCGCCUGUUUGUCCUCCGGAAGCUGUUCUACACUCUGGAGACACCGCAGUCUCCAAGGCAAAAAGGAGGAAAAAAGAGGAAACGUUGGGCCUGCAGACAAAUAGCCCCCUCUUGUCACAAGACCUGGCAAACAGCAACCUCCGGAAAAGUGGACUGAAAAAGCCAUCCGUUGCUUCGCUUAAACGGCAAGUUUGCAGCCAAGGGCUGGAUGAGUCGCAGGUGACCAUGUCCUUCCAGGAGUGGCUAGCCAGCGUCACUGAGCGGAUCCAUCAAGCUAUGCAUUACCAGUUUGAUGGCAAACCGGACCCACUGGUGUUCCACAUCCCCCACUCUUUCUUUGAGGCCCUCCAGAAGCGGAUUUCCAUUGGGAGUGCGAAGAAGCGGCUCCCAAAUUCAACCACAGCUUUUGUCCGGAAAGAUGCCCUCCCCCUGGGUACCUUUUCCAAAUAUACAUGGCACAUCACCAACAUCUUGCAGGUCAAACAGAUUUUUGAUACACUUCAGAUGCCCCUGGAAAUAACACGCAGCUUUAUCCAGAACCGGGAUGGCACCUAUGAGCCUUUUAAGUGCCCCAAGGUUGAAGUCGAGAGCAUACCGGAGGCCUACGGACGCCUGGAGAAGCAGCCGAUUCUCCGUCCUUUGGAGGUGAAGACCUUCCUAAAAGUUGGCAACACGUCCCCCGACCAGAAGGAGCCAACGCCUUUCAUCAUUGAGUGGAUCCCAGACAUCCUCCCCCACUCCAAAAUCGGAGAGCUGCGGAUUAAAUUUGAGUAUGGCCACUACAGGAACGGUCAUGCCAUGGAUGGCCAAGAGCAGCGCCCUUCCCUCGAACAGACGCUUGAGCUCAUGCCGCUCACCACUAUCACUUUUCCUUGAACAAUGGGUGCGUUUCAUCAUGCACAGUUUGGUUUGCACAGACCCCUUCAGCCUUUGCCACCUUUGUGACAGUGGAGCUCACUGCUAAAAGGAAGGCAACACAGCUUUAAUGGUGGCGUCCCACUUGUUUUUAAACAGCUGUAGAAGAUACCGUACUAAGUCACAUCUUUUUCUUUCUAGUUCCCUAUUCUGUUGCAGCUUUGGUCUGAGGUUCCUCCAGGUGCUCCCUCUUUCUUGCCUUGAGCCUAAUCCAUUUUCUGGUCUUUGUUUGUCAUGCUCCCGACACAUCAUUUUGCAAAGGCAACACAUAACCCACAAGUGCAACCAAAUGUCCGGACGUUGAAACUGUCUUAGAGAUGAACUACAGGGCUCUUCCUGGCUUACAUGACAUUAUAUUUUUAAAAAUUAAAUUAAAUUGCACCAGCCUCAG